AUGAUAUCUUUUAGAGGGAUUUGGAUUAUUCAAAGGAAACGUAGUGACUUUAUCGAUCGAGUUGAAACGUCAACAUCACAAAGUGAAUUUUAUGAUUAUUCUGUUAUCUUUUCAAAACAAUUUCCGACAGUUAAUCAAAGAUUAAAAAGUUUACAACAAGAGAGAUAUAGUAAUCUUCCAAAAGACAAUGAGAUGUGUGAUUAUCUUAAACAAGCCAUUGAAUUUUCUACACAUAUAUCACAUGAAGUUAAAACAGAAGAUACAGUAAUUAUUUCUCCUGAUGCACCAAUGAUUUUUACACUUUCCUUUUUAGGAAAAGAUCCAAUUUCUUGUGUUUAUUCAGUUAAAAACAAUUCAACAUUUUUUAUUACUAUUCCAGCUGUAUUAUCACCUUCAGAACAAAGACAUUAUAUCAAACAAAAGAAUAUAUUAAUGGGAAUAAGCUUUUUAGAAGGUAUAGAAAAAUUAUGUGGAAAAUUUUUUGAUAGUGAAAAGAAAAGAACAAAAGAAGAAUAUAACCAAGCAUUAAAUUAUGAACUUGCAAGAAAAUUACAAAUAAGUUGUCCAUAUGGUACUCCAAUAGAAAGUUUAGAUAGUGAAUGGAUUAAAUCAUUAAUUAAAUUAGAAGAUAAAACGAAAAAAACAAAUAAAAAUAAUUCUAGUAUUAAUAGAAGAUUUAAUAUUUCAGAACUUUUAUUAUAUUCUAACGAAGAAAAUACUCAAGAUGGAAAUUUGUCUAUCAUUGGAUUUAAAGGAGUUGUUCAAGCAGAAUUAAAUCUUCAAGGAGCACCUGAAAUGUCAUUAGGAUUUUGUAUUGGUAAAGAAGGAAAUGUGAAUUUAGACCAAGUUAUACAAAAUUUAUCAUUAUAUUAUUCUGCUAUUCCAACUUCAACAAUAGAAAAUUUUGCUACUGACAUUAAAAUUUCUCCACCAAAUUAUCCAUUUAAUUUAUGUUAUUAUAAUGUUAAUCCUGAAUUAUCUAUAUCUAAUACUAAAACUAUUCAACAAUUAUUUACUGCAUCUUAUAUUAUUGAUUAUGAUCAUUCUGUAUUUAAAAUUCAAAUUAUAAUUGAUGUCGAUCCAGUAUUUACUAGACUUAAAUAUGAUGUUGUUUCUAUAGAAAUUCCAUUAUAUGGAGUUAAGUUAGAUAGUAUUACUAAUUAUUCACCAGCAAAUCAAAUGUUUACUCAACCAGAAAAAAUAAAUGAUCAUUUACUUACUAAAAUUAUUAAAUUUGAUGAAAAUAAUAGAGCAAUUAUUGCAUUCCAAUUCACUGCUGAAAUUAAUGAAGAAGUUACUGAAUAUCUUCGAAUAAGAAAACCUUCAUUUAUUUCUGAUAUACAAAAUACUUUUAAACCUCAUAUUAUCAUUAAAACAAAAUUACAAUCUUCAUUAUCUGGAUUUAACAUUGAUACUAGAAAAAUUACUGUCGUAGGAACUAAAACACCUUACCAAUUCUCUAUUCAACAAGAAACUGCUAUUGAAGCUGUUAUCUUUGCUAGACAUUUAUAUGGUGAAAUUAAUCAAUAG